AUGCGCAAAGGCGAAGCAGUUCUGCUGCAAACUGCCGCCGAGUCGUUUCAUCGCCCAGAAGGAGUUCGACUGAACCGCAGCCAUGAGCGACAAGCCCGACAUCUCUGAGGUGACCAGCUUCGACAAGUCCAAGCUGAAGAAGACGGAGACGCAGGAGAAGAACCCGCUGCCCACCAAAGAGGUCAUCGAGCAGGAGAAGCAGGCGUCCUGAAGUCUCUCCUCCAUCAUGCACUGCACCCCCCCACCCCACCCCCCCAUGCACCGCCUUGUUUUCAGUCACCUCUUCGCCCUAUGACCCCGUAACCCAAACGAUGACAUCACGACCGUAACCGAGCCGCACCACCUGCGGACGGACGUCUGCCGCCUCCCACUCGGAGGGGGAGGGGUGGGGGUACGAGCGGCAGCAGGUCGGGCGGGGGGGGGGCUCCAAACACGGUGCGGCCGCUUCAUUCGUCCUGCGCCCGAGCCGAGGCGUCCAGCUUCUUCAGUUCCAGACACAUUUUGUCGCACGCCGGCCGAAGUUCGCCCACAAACGUAAACCUUUAAAUUUUGUGUUAGAGCUGACCCGGUUCCAUCCAGACCUGGGGGGUUCAACCGGACCUGCCUUGACCCUCUGGAGUCUGAGGGCAGCUUCAUGUCGUCUCAUGAGAGGUUCUGGUAAUUUGCUGACUUUUUUUUUUUUUCUUGUUGCUUUGAACUCGAACAACUUCUGGAGUUUUGUAAAUUCCCACAGUCGUGUAAUCUGCCACAAACAUUACUGAUGUUGUAAUAAAGAUUUGUUACGAAGUCA